AUGACAGAAGCUGCAGUUACAAGGUAUUGGUGCCAUGGAUGUGAGAAGGUCAUUGAGGAGGUCAUGGGGGAGGAGAUCAAGUGCCCAUUCUGUGGUGGUGGAUUCAUUGAAGAGAUGAUCGGGGAGGAAUUUGAGGGGUUGGCCAGUCAGCAGUCAGAGCGUGAUUUAUCACAAUGGGGAACGUCGAACAACCCUUUUGAGCAGCCAGGAGCGGUGGCGGACAGUGAGGAUGAAGAUGAUGACGAUGAUGAUAUAGGCCGUGAAUUCGAGGGUUUCAUCAGGAGACAUGGACGGGCAUCAGCUCUGCGUCGGGUGCUUGACAGCAUCCAGGACGACCUUAGAACUGACAGGGAAAGGGACAACUCCAUUCUGAUCAAUGCCUUCAACCAAGCCCUCGCUUUGCAAGGCUCAGUGAUUGAUGCUGAUGAGGCCCGAGAUGACCAAGGUGGAUCUAGCAAUGAUGAUGGCUUGCUGGAAGAAUAUGUCCUGGGGGCUGGGCUGAGCCUGCUGCUUCAACAUUUGGCUGAGAAUGACCCAAACCGGUAUGGCACCCCUCCUGCAAAGAAAGAGGCGGUUGAAGCUCUGCCCACUGUCCAAAUAGCAGAGGUUGUCAGCUGUUCAGUAUGCCUUGAUGAUCUUGAGCUGGGGUCCCAUGCAAAGCUGAUGCCUUGUGAGCAUAAAUUCCACUCUCCUUGUAUCCUGCCAUGGCUUGAACUCCAUAGCUCCUGCCCUGUGUGCCGGUUUGAGCUGCCAUCUGAAGAGACGAAAGAUUUGGAUGAGCCUAGAAAUGUGGACAGAACAGAGAGCACCCAAGAGGAAGUCAGGGCCGAUGGCCCUGAAAAUGACAGUGAGAGCAGUAACAGAGCGUGGGCCCUUGUUCCUUGGUUCAGUGGGCUAUUCUCAACACCUGAACCGCAAACUACCAGAGGUGCUUUCACCGAUCAGCAGACUCCCUCCGCUUCUGGAACCAACCCGAAUGCUGGGGAAAGUUGA